CUGCGCACAUCGUCCCCGCUGAUCCGCCUGUGUGUAUGUGAGCGACAGGCUGGCCACAUAGUGGAGCUUCGAACGACUGGGUCGCCAGUUGCUCGAUCUCGGAGCGUGUGCCUUUCCUUGGCGCAAACGUCUGUCGACGUUGACUUCGCGGAGGAAAAAAAAAGAACUUAGAGGGGGGGAAAAAAAAUUGCGAUCGUCGCGUCGCUUAGCUCGCCCCACAGAGGCCUCUUUGUUCGUCCCGUGGGAGGGGACGUCGCGAAACCGCCUGUGCGGCAGGCACUGCUCACACGCACACGUUUCGCUUCGCACUGUAUCUGCUGUGCAACCACCUCGUGUUCUCAAGCUCGCGAUCGCCCGCGAGCGACCCCGACGAGGCGUGUCGAACGGAACACGACAUCGCGCCCGGACCUUGACCGUUUCCGUCAUUCCCAGCUGGUGACCCAUCCAGUGGGAGAUUGACAGAUUGCAAGUGAAAAGUAGCAGCCUGAGCAGCCACCACCACAGCCAGCAGGAUGACUGCGGGGCCAUACAACUACUCCUACAUCUUCAAGUACAUUAUAAUCGGGGACAUGGGCGUGGGCAAGUCGUGCCUUCUGCACCAGUUCACCGAAAAGAAGUUUAUGGCUGACUGCCCGCAUACCAUCGGUGUUGAGUUUGGCACGCGCAUCAUUGAGGUGUGCGGUCAAAAGAUCAAGCUCCAGAUCUGGGACACGGCUGGCCAGGAGCGCUUUCGCGCUGUCACCCGCUCCUACUACCGUGGCGCUGCUGGAGCACUCAUGGUCUACGACAUCACCAGGCGCAGCACGUACAACCAUCUCAGCAGCUGGCUAACUGAUGCGAGGAACCUCACCAACCCCAACACAGUCAUCUUCUUGAUUGGCAACAAAUGUGAUCUUGAAGCUCAGAGAGAUGUCACGUAUGACGAGGCAAAGCAGUUUGCUGAUGAAAAUGGUCUAAUGUUUGUGGAGGCUAGCGCAAAAACGGGUGAGCAUGUUGAGGAGGCCUUCCUCGAGACUGCUAAGAAGAUCUUCCAAAAUAUUCAGGAUGGCAGCCUGGACCUGAAUGCAGCCGAGUCUGGCGUGCAGCACAAGCCCCAGACACGGACCACGACAAGCCUUACGAGCGAGGCUACCACAGACAAGGAGGCUUGUGGCUGUUAGGAACCCCUGCUUCUCCCCUCCCCCCUUCCGGGUAAAUAGGGCAUGACCUUCAACCAAGGCACAGCAACUGUGUACAAAGACCGCAGGAGUGUGAGAGUUGUGGCAUUUAUAGAGGGCAGGAGAGUGCGGGCAUGGCUGCCAUUUCAGCAGUGCGGCCGGCUUUGGUGCAUCACCAGGUAGCCAACAGCUUGCAGGAGUUUUGAAGUGCUGCGUUGGACAACUUACUAGCAGCGCCAAACACUUCAGAUUUCAGCGUAGUCAGUACGAAAUGAGC